CGCGUUGCAUACCGACAGAGAUCGAGGAGAGUAGGCUAAUUACGGGACGAAUUGUCUACUACAGAACGCAUAUAUUGUAUACAUUAGUUUGCAAUGUUCUGUCGACUAUUUGGCAGAAAGCAGUUGAGUAUUUACCUUCGUGUUCAGGUGCGCAUUUGAGCACAUUUUCUCUCCAAACCAUUGAAAACAACAUUAAUUCAGUGUCUGGAAUAUUUGCGGAUAUUUUGCACCAGGAUUUUGUGUCAUUUGGUAUUCCCUCUACGUCUACGAAAACAUCAACAACCCCUUCUGUGGUUAAGGGGUGGGGGGGGUCAUCAACGAGAAAAGUCAAGGGAAUAGACUCAUGUUUUUGUUCAGUCACAUGUAAAAGCAGUCGGUUAUUGCUGUUGGACAUAAAUAAAACACACGAGGUAAAUCGUUUCACAUUUUACCUGCAAAGGCUCAAUAGAAGAGGACUACAACGGUAUUCUACUACGAAAACAUCAUCGAAAUAUCUAUCGAAACAUCAAAACAUGAGCUGCCCAGUCUUAAGAAACGUGUUCGCUGGUUUGCUCCUCGCACUGCUGUCGGGCGGACCAAGUGUGCACGGAGCCGAAUUCGGCCACCUGCCCGACAACAUUACAGUGCUGGAAGGAGAGAGCAUCAUUCUGAGGUGUAAAAUCGACGAGGAGGUGACCCACAAGGCGUGGUUGAACCGCUCAAACAUCCUGUUUGCGGGGACAGACAAGUGGUCGCUGGACAGACGGGUGUCGCUGGUCAACAGUAACACUAGUGACUUCUCCAUCCAGAUAGAGAGGGUGGAGGUGGCUGACGAGGGGCUGUACACCUGCAGCUUCCAGGCCAGCAACAAGCCCCGCAUUGCCCACGUCUUCCUCAUUGUCCAAGUGCCAGCCAGAAUCGUCAACAUCUCUCAAGACGUGUCAGUGAACGAGGGGGGCAACGUAUACCUCUUCUGUCUGGCGGUGGGACGACCUGAACCCACUGUCACCUGGAAGGAGAACAAAUAUGGUCUAAUGAGUGAGGGGGAGUUCCUGGACAUAACAGAGAUCAAGCGGCAUCAGGCGGAGGAGUUUGAGUGCAUCACUAACAACGGAGUGACGCAGCCCGACAUACGCAAGGUCAAGGUCACCGUCAACUACCCUCCCAUGAUCACAGACGUGAAGAACAUGCCAGCCCAGCUGGGAAAGACGGCCAUUUUGCGCUGUGAGGCAAUGGCAGUACCCACAGCCUCCUUUGAGUGGUACAGAGACGACCGCAGGCCGGUAGAGAGCGAUAACACUCUGAGGAUCAAGAACGAGAAGACGCGCUCACUGCUUCUCUUUACCAACGUGACGGACAAACACUUUGGCAACUACACUUGUUUUGCCUCCAACAGGCUGGGAGCCUCCAACGCCAGCAUGCUGCUCUUCCGGCCAGGAGCCGUGUACGGGCGAGGCGUGGCCGUCAACGUGGGGGUGAGUGCGGGUGUUGGCUUUUGGCUUUGCCUCUCUGUCUCUCUCCUGAUGAAGGUCUAAGAGCUUUUCCCGGAAGUCCCAUCCCGCCUGCGGAAGGAAGAAGGAAUUUAUUUAAUUACGAACCCAUCACUGUGAAACAAAAAUAAUAUGCAUUAUUCCAGGAGCCAUUGACGCAUCGCAUGUCACACCCACACCAACUCCCCCCUCGCUACCUAUAUUGCCACCAUCACCAUACCACUCUCUCUCUUCAUCCUGUUUCCAAUGAGAGUCACCAUGGUGAUAUCUAUAAUGUGUUUAGUAAGAAUGAUAAUUGUGAUGAUGAUGAAAACAGAUAUUUAACACCAGGAUAAUACUAUUACAAAUCUAAAUCAUGACCGAUCUACAAUAAUGUUCAUGGACGUUUGGAAACUCGGAGUGAAAACACUACUAUUUACGGUUGGAACUACUCUAUAAUGAAAAUGAUUCGUUAUUCUGAUGCGGGUCACGUGACCUUGUUGAAAGCUGUCCAUUGGCCCAUUGCUCCUGUGACAUUUGACCCUAUGAUCAUACAAGUACCAUUUUAUUCCGUUUUUAACCAUGUGGCAGUGUAUAUGACGCGGCUGCUGCGAAUGAUGUCAAAACACACAUGAAGGGUGGGCCGUGGGGGUUCUAUAAAGCCUUUGCCCUUCUAGUGCAUCCCUUUGGGAUCUCAACCAAGAAGGAGCAUGUGAGAAGACCCACUUCACCCCCCCCCUCCAUCCACCCCCCACCCCUCUUUAAAAAACCCUCGUCUUCUGCCCACCCCCUCCCCCCAUCGAUAAGGUGGUUUGUGUUCCGUCCCGUGUGUAAAUAUAAUGCAGUACAGAGGCCAUGCCGUUACUAGAGGCAGUCUAUCCACAUCCAACCCUCCUUGGUUGGUGGCUAAUGUAGUGGCUAAUAAAAUUUAAAAUAUCCCGCAAAACUACAUUACCCAUCAGCAUCUAUAACAGUUUUCGUAACCAGGAAGGGACUGUAGAAAUAACAAUCGUGUCUCCUGCUUUGAAGGCGUUGACCAGUCAUCCUCCUUCCUUGUCUCUUGUUGAUAGCAUGUACCGGUUAGAGAUGUUUCUGUCGUGAAACCUCCCUCCUACUCCCCCCCCCUCCCCUGUCCGUUUUACUCUGCAAGGUUAAACUGCUAUAACUCUUUUGGUGUUGAUAAUAAUACUGAUGAUGUUAAUACGUAUUUAAAUAAAUAUGAAAAGUAAUUCCAUGUGAGAUAAAAAAAGAAUACAUACUACUCCAGAGCUGACGAGCCGUGUGUGCUAAAAAUAUUUUGUACUCAAUCCCUCGGAGAAAUCACACUCAUUGAACUGAACGACAACGACAAAAGACGAAGUUGUAAGGUUUUCAAGUUGUGCUCUUUUUUGCCAUGACAAGGAUUUUAAAAACACAUCGAAGCUGAUCUCGAGGGAGUCUUUUCAUCCGAGAGAGUCCGCAGUCAAUGAAAUGUAAUAUUGUUUGUAUACGUGUAUGUAUUUAAACCUUUGUUUUCAUGCUGUUAACUGUAUAAAGCACAUUACACAUAUUCAACCAGCUUUCAUAGCGUGUCACUCUCCAGACAGACCAGCUCAAUAGAUCAAUUAUUCAAAACGAUGCAUGUAAAGCAGCCGUCCCUGUAAGUCAGUCAGCCCCCGUAUGGCAGGACAGGCGCACCAGGAGAUAAAGAUGUAAUUAGCCACUACCUGUGGCUGGAUAAGUGACGGGGCCUACACUCCCCGCCUCCCCCCAUGUCCUUCCCGCCAGCCAUGGACAAGCCCCAUAAAUCACGUUCAACCCUGGCCCCUGACAGGAUCCUCCUCAAGGACACCCUCGUCCCUGUAAGGCAGACGCAAACCACCACACCUGGGCCCUGAUUGAACCCCCCCCCCCCCCAGUUCUCAAUUAUCCAGCCACCUUACCUGCACAGAUCAACCACCGAGACGUGCACUGUGAGGCUCGAUGACACCCCAACCACCCAACCGCUGUUUCUCUGUCACGUCCUGCUGUGUCUAUGUCUAUAUGCAAACUCCCCCAUAGUGAACCAACCUGCAUGGAGAGAUGGGCUCACACUAGCAACUCUCUGACUACCCACAAUUCCUGUGACCUUACAGGAAUAUGCAGCAUCUGUAUUCAGUAUUCUGCGAAUAGCUGUCAUCUUUUUUUUUUUGUUCGAUUUAAUUUUAACCAGCAACAUACCUGCUAACUCGAAUAUAUAGGAGAGGCAUCCAAUCCGGCUAAGCGGUGCUAUGAUAUUUAAGGGUGCCCCUAACAAUCUAUUCAAGAACAGAACUGUUUUAGUAAUACUAUUGUAUGAAGUGUGCUAAUGUAUGAGGAGAUGUGAAGCCCUAGCAAGAGUGAAUGUCCCCUUUAGCAGGAGGCUAGUCAAUGAAAACCUGUUUGUCUCACUGAAUACAGUGUGAGACGUGUUCUGUUGAUGCCCGUUGCUCUAUGCAAUGUAGUCAGUCAUUGGUAUGUCUGAAGGGAAACACACAGACCCACUUGUGUUCAUCUUGUUUUGCUCAGACUCACAGGGCAUUGAUGGGUAUCGAUUUUCAAGCACAAGAGCAGGUUGUUUUGGUCGGUGAUUCUUGUUUUUCCUUCUUUGUCGUUUUCGAUCCCCCUCUCUCACUCACGCUGUCUUUCUGUCUGUCUUCUCUCUUUCCCGUACUCUGUCCCGUGUCAGCACCCAGCUCAAUUUUGUCAGUGGAAUAAACCUCUGCAUGUACAUACUCUGUCCUUGAAGAAAAAAACCGAAAUGAAAAUAAGGAAAAACAUACUGUCAUGUUUCUCAAUGUGGGUUUGAAAAAAAAGCAUGUAAAUGUUCGUUUUGGGGAGAUUUUGAAAAACAAAAAGCUGUAUCUUGUGUAAAGGCUUUAGGCUGGGGGAAAGGCUGGGGGAUAUGCUUUUAAAUUCAUGCAAUGGAGGGCGAAAUGUAUGGUGGGCAUUUGUAAUAACCCCAAAUGAGUUUGAGGGUCUCCAUGAGUUCUUCAUCAAUGCGAAAGUUAAUCAGAGGACUGACAAUGGGAAAAGGAAGGAUGCAGCGAAUUCACUUCCUCGGUGGGUGUGAGAGGACCUCCACACACCGUGGGGAGAAGCCCAGACUGGUACAGACAAAGGUCUGAGGCAGAGGGAGAUGGGAUGACUCUGACCAGACAGUGAACUCUCCGUGGGGGAGAACGAGAAAAGACAAGGCAGACGCUUGAUAGGAUAGCAGCUCAAGAUAGAAUUCCUAAAAAUGGCCACUGCGUUGUUCCUCCUGAGGGAGGACAUACCACGGCGUUGUCUAUGGUUACGCCAUGUAAUAUUAAUGGCGUUUUUUUUUUUUUACCUUUAUUUUACUAGGCAAGUCAGUUAAUUAAGAACAAAUUCUUAUUUUCAAUGACGGCCUAGGAACAGUGGGUUAACUGCCUGUUCAGGGGCAGAACGACAGAUUUUGUACCUUGUCAGCUUGGGGAUUUGAACUUGCAACCUUUCGGUUACUCGUCCAAUGCUCUAACCACUAGGCUACACUGCCGCCCCAAAAAAACACUGCAAUGAUCACGAACACUGGCUGUGUACAGGCAGCAUUUCGUGACUCUAUCUGCUAGCCUAUCAAUGAGCGUCUACACUUUAUUGAUAUGGUGUGGUGUCAAAUAGCUUGACCCGUAAUUACAGCACAGAGACAUGCUGUAUGAUUCUAAUGGAGGUAAGUGGUGUAAUUACAUGUAGUUCAUCACCCCCAAUAAAUGGGGGAGGUGCUAGUUCUCCGGGCGCCACUCGAGCAUUGCUAAGCAGCACUUUUUGGCUUAUGUCGAUGUACAUAAUAUAAACUAUCUUGCUUCAUUUAUAUAUGAGAUUAUUUCGAUGUUUCGAAGAGAAUUAUAACCAUAUUUGGGUGGUGUACUUUUUUUAUUUAUGAAUGACAAGUCUAUGAAAAUACAGUGGUAGAGUAGCAGUAGAAGCUCGAUAACUAUACAUUCAGUAUCCGUUUGAGUGUACUCGUUUUUUAAGUUGUGUAUCUGUGUUAGAUCUUGAAUCACCAUAAGCACUAUAUUCCAGUCACGUCACAUUAAACAGUUCCUUUACAGACCUUCAGGUCCAAAUGCAAUGGUUAAUCGAUACAUUGGACUGGAUCGCUUGAAAUAAAGCAAUUUCUCCUCAGGCUCACUUUACCAGGGCCCAAAGACUGAAUUGUCAAGUGUCUAUAUUAAGGCCUUAGAAUAGAGAGCAUAAUUUAUCAUGCCUUGAUACAAGACACCCCUAAUUGCGCAUUGAUUUUCUCCCCAUCUCCGAAAACAUUUUGGCCGAGCUAUAUUGUCAACGAAGGUAACUAUUUGUUUAGAGAACAUACAAUGAAGAAUGAGUCGUUAGUUGUUUUCUUUCACGUCAGUUGAAAGAGUAGCUCGUCCAAGGCGCAUUUUGUUCAUUUUGUUCUUUCUGAUAAUGAGAUGUCUAACAAUUGUCUGUAUAAUGGCACCUUAUAGUACAUUAUAUUUUAUUAUUGUACUCAAUUAAAUAAAUGAUUGAUACCAAAUGUUAAUUUUGGAAAUGUCAGUACCUAUCGAUACUGUGUAUCUAGAGACUUAUGUCUGACAAACACAGCCGACUCUUUAGUAGGAGUAGAGUCUAGAACGAUAGGAUGUACAAUAGAACAAGACGAGAUAAAGGGGAAUAGAACCGUAGCCAUGAUAGUAUUUGGUCAAUAUUCAACUAACAUGAUAAAUUAUCAGAAAUAUGUCAGAUUUUCAGUACCGGUACUAUGUAUCUGUAAUACAUAAGAAGAUGUGUCUUAUUGAGGGACAGACUCAUUGAUAUAUAAAUGACUUCCUUAGUUCCAGCCAGGUCUCUCCAGCUUUUGUCCUUCACACCAUAGUCCACUAGCUAGAUAACAAUGUGUUAUCCUAAUGAGCUAUUGUUCACCAGCUAAUCUAAAGGCCUGUUCAAUUCCUAUGAGCAGAGUCAACGCUGCGAGUGUAUUUCAGCUCCAGUAGAUUUCCAUUAGCUGUACUAAUGAGUGCAUCGAUACACUGCAUGCUGGACUGAGGUGAGCCACAUGAUGAAAAUAGGUCGUUAUUGGGUUAACAUGCUGACUACAUGUUGCCAAGCAGAGGAAGUGAUAUUUGCCUUGACUCACUAAAGGAUCAACUUGGAAGUUGAAUGAGGUAGCUAGGUACUAUAUAGUAAAUUGGUAGUAGUUGAAUUGAUAGAUACACAAGGACAGAAUAUAUAGGGAAAAAAGAUAGAGUUAUGUAGAGGUGGAUAUUUUGUUAGUUUAUCGUUUCUAUUCUGAAUUCUAAUUAGGAUAUAUUAUUAUUCAUGUAAAACAUUGACAGUAUUUGUUUGUGUGGAUAGUGGGUUAAAGUAAUACUUGCGAGCCACAGAGGCAAGAGCAGCAGUCACUCACUCCCACCUCCAUCCACACAAACCGGCAGGGACUGCAGAUGGUUGCUUGUCAAUCACCCUCUCCUUUCUAAGAAUGUAGCUAGUGGCUAAUUAACAGUGUACCAGUGUUGGUCCAUCUACAGCUGGAUCAACAAGAGAGUCUGCACACUACUAGGCAACAAUAGAGGUGCCCACCAGCCAGCCUCCUUAGUCAUUAGAAGCCUGCCUAACAUCUCCAACACUGAGUGCCCCUUUACUUGGCCUUUGUGAGUCACCAGCACAAAUCUGACAUUUUGCCUGUCAAUCAACUGGGUAAAUAUUGGUUGCCAUGGCGAAAACUGACAAUGGAACUAUAUAUUUUUCUUGUCGAAUGACAUCAUCAAGUGAUAUUCUGGCUUGUGUUCAUAGGAUAAAAUGGGAGAGAACCUGUGUGGUGUGACUAAGUCGCAAACAGUCUGAAACUGUCCUAUUAAUGUGAGAUGUAUAGAUUUGAAUUUAUGACACAACAUAAGAUUAGGUUGUCAUGACACUGUUGUUUCACCAGAACAAUUUUGAAACUUCUGAAAAACUAUGACAAUCAGGUAAUAACAAUUAACAAAGAUAAAUGUAAUUUUUGUCAGUGCGAAAACCAAUAACAAAUAUUAGGUUGUUUUAGCAAUCCAGUGGAUGAGUCUACUCUAGAAUGCUUGGUUAGUGUUUGCGGACAUCGUAUGGAGAUGUCAUGCCCAUCUCUCUCUCUCUCGUUGCACCUCUGGCCCACUUCCUCCUCCCUCCUCCUUUCCCUCAAUGUGGAGAAAACCUUCCACCUGUGCCCCCCCCCCUAUGCCAAUCCCACUGCCUGCUGCCUUGCCACCUCUCUGUAUGCCAGGUUCCAACCCUGGUAAAUCUGUGAUAUUGAUUUGUGAGUGUGUGUGUCCGUGUGUGUGUGUGUGGAUUAUCUGACCUUCACAUGGCAGGCAUGUUGGUUUCAAUCUACCCCUGGACCUCAACAUUAUUAUUUCUGUCUGUGUUGACUUUUCAAGAUUGCAUUGAUAUAACUUACUGAACAAAACAGAGGAACACAAACAGCAUCGUCUUCCAUCUUGACAUAUUUCUGUGCAGUGAAGCGAUGAUGAUUAUGACGACUCUUUUGAUUCAUUUGAUCUCUGUUCUGUCUCUGUUUUUGUCCUUUCUAAGUGUGUGGACAAUUUUUUCCCCCAAAUCUAUAGAAGUGGAGUUAAAAAAAUACAAUAUAUCAGAGGGAGAAAAAUCAAUAAAAUAUGUUGUUUUUAACAGAA